ACCUUCACUUGCCUGACACCAUGUCUUUCUCUGGAAAGUACGAGCUUGAGUCUCAGGAGAACUUUGAGCCUUUCAUGAAGGCCAUUGGUCUUCCUGAUGACCUCAUCCAGAAAGGAAAAGAUGUCAAGAGUAUCUCUGAAAUCGAGGAGAACGGCAACAAUUUUAAGGUGACGGUCACAACCGGCACAAAGGUCCUCGUCAACUCUUUCACCAUCGGACAGGAGGCUGACCUGGAGACUAUCACUGGCGAGAAGGUCAAGGCGGUGGUUCAGCGUGAAGGCAACACACUGAAAGUUGCCCUGAAAGGAAUUGAGUCAGUCACGCGGCUGGAAGGCGAAACAAUUGUCAAUACGAUGACGAUUGGUGACAUUGUAUACAAGAGGACAAGCAAACGCGUUUAAGUCUGCGCCUGGCAUAAUAAAAGUAUUGAAGGCA